AUGGACGGCGGUUACAAUAAUUACAAUUCUUUCGGCGGUGGUGGCGGCGGCUUUAUGGCCGGCGAGACAAACUCCCCGUCAGGUGGAAAGACCGACAACCGGGAUAACAAAACGCUUCGCCCUGUGACAGUCAAGCAAAUUGCCGAUGCCACUUCGCCCUACCCCGAAGCACCCUACCAGAUUGACGGUGCCGAAGUGAACAACGUCCUCUUUGUCGGUCAGGUCCGCAACAUCAGCUCGCAAAGCACGAACAUCACAUACAAGAUUGACGAUGGUACCGGCGAGAUCGAAGUCAAGAAAUGGGUUGACUCGGCCACGGGUGACAGCAUGGACACCGACGAGAAGGGACCUGGCGAUGGAAAAAUGGAAGUUGUGUUGAAUGGAUAUGCCCGUGUUUUUGGCGCGAUCAAAUCCUUCGCCAACAAGAGAUAUAUCGGUGCCCAUAGCGUACGGCCGAUGACGAAUAUCAAUGAACUGCACUGCCACCUCCUUGAAGCCACCGCCGUGCACUUGUUCUUCACCCGCGGACCCCCUGGUGGUGCCGGUGCCGGUGGCAAUGCCGCAGCUGGCGGUGACGCCGUAAUGGGCGGGGCCGAAGACUACGGCGGUGGUCAGAACAAGGCUCUCCUUUCUGUCUCGCCCUUGGCAAAAAAGAUUUACCACUUGCUCAAGACUGAGCCUCAGGACGAUGCGGGCAUGGAGUUGCAGCACAUCGCAUCGAAGCUGAACUUGCCAACUAUGGACGUUGCGCGGGCCGGUGAGGAGCUUCUCAAUGCCGGCAUUAUUUUCUCGACCAUGAACGAGCACACCUGGGCUAUUCUCGAGUAUUAG